AUGGAGAAGAAGAAGUAUCCAAUCGGAUCUGAGUAUUAUGAGCUGUAUGAAGACAUAGGAAAAGGUGUAAGUGCAGCUGUUUAUCGUGCUAUAUGCAUCCCUUUCAAUGAGGUCAUUGCUAUUAAAAUACUUGAUUUCGAGAAAGGUAAUUGCGAUCUGAUGAACAUUUCUCGUGAGGCACAAAUUAUGACCUUGGUUGACCAUCCUAAUGUUCUUAACGCACACUGCUCCUUUGUUGAUGGUCAUAAUUUGUGGGUCAUCAUGCCAUUUAUGGCUGGUGGGUCUUUUCUUCAUAUACUGAAGGCUGCUUAUCCGGAUGGGUUUCAAGAGGUUGUUAUAGCAACAAUUUUGCGUGAAGUAUUAAAGGGUUUGGAGUAUCUUCAUCAGUAUGGUCACAUUCAUAGAGAUGUAAAGGCGGGAAACAUUCUAGUUGAUGCACGUGGUGCCAUCAAGCUUGGAGAUUUUGGUGUUUCUGCAUGCCUUUUUGAUUCAGGUGAUAGGCAACGCACAAGAAAUACUUUUGUGGGAACUCCGUGCUGGAUGGCGCCUGAAGUUAUGGAGCAAUUACACGGUUAUGACUUCAAGGCAGAUAUUUGGUCUUUUGGUAUAACUGCCUUGGAGCUUGCCCAUGGUCAUGCUCCAUUUUCGAAAUAUCCUCCAAUGAAGGUUUUGCUUAUGACCUUGCAAAAUGCACCACCAGGUUUGGAUUAUGAGAGGGACAAGAAGUUCUCAAGGUCUUUUAAGCAAAUGAUUGCUAGUUGCUUGGUAAAAGAUCCUUCUAAACGACCUCCUGCAAAGAAGUUGUUAAAGCAUCCAUUUUUCAAGCAAGCUAGGUCCAAUGAUUACAUUGCCCGAACAAUUUUAGAUGGGUUGCCUACACUUGGUGAUCGCCUUAAAGCAUUGAAGUUAAAGGAAGCAGAUAUGCUUGCACAAAAGAAAAUGCCAGAUGGGGAAAAGGAAGAAAUAUCCCAGAUAGAAUACAAACGAGGGAUUAGUAGUUGGAACUUCAAUAUUGAAGACAUGAAGGCACAAGCUUCACUGAUUCAAGAUAGUGAGGAUACCAUUGCUGAAAAAGAACGGGGGAGCUCGAGUUCCCCUUUUGGGCCUGAUAUGCAGGAAAUGCAAUCCCAAAGCCAGUCCUCUAUUAUGAGCCAAUUUUUGAAUGAUUUUGGAUAUAUGGAAGAAAAUGAAGCAAUGGAGAAACAACUAAUUUCACUUCCAUUAUCUGACCUAACUAUCAACGAUAUCAAAGUUGGAUGUGAUAAAUCUGAGGAUGACUUAAGUACUGGUGGAUCAAGUUGUGAACAAAAUAUUUCAGAUAAUGGUUUUCAAUAUCAUGACGAUCGUGUUGAAACAUUUUUGACUGAAAAGUGUGACUUGGAGAAUAGUGGAAGUGAUAAGGAGCAAAACAAUCCUGAGAACUCUGUGAUCUGCAAUAAUGGCAUAAUGGCUCCACCAGCGGUAGAUGAUGUACCUUCUGGAACAUUUUCUAAAGCAUCUAAAUUGGCAGCAACAAAUGGUGAAGAUGUUGAUGAAAAAGCCAAGCGGCCAGUUGUCCAGCAAAAAGGACGUUUCAAGGUGACAUCUGAGAAUAUUGAGCUAGAAAAGGUGCUUCCAUCCCCUAUAUUACAGAAGAGCCACAGUGUACAGGUGUUUACCCAACUCCCUGGAGUUGCUUUAUCACCAUCAUCUGAUGCUACACCAUCAAACCCGCUUGUCAAUUCAUAUUUCCUGCAUUUACAUAGUAUUUUGCAGACAAAUAUUCUUCAAAGGGAUUUUGUUCUAAGUGCAAUGAAGCAAGUCUCCACUGGUGAUAUUACAGCUAGUCAUGCAAUCGAUGGAGUGUAUAUUCAACCACCCACAAGUGUAACAGAAAAGUCAUUGUUGGAGGCUGCCCAUGAGAGAGAAAAAGAACUAUUGCAAGAAUUGACAGAGUUGCAGUGGAGGCUCAUAUGUGCCCAAGAUGAGCUCCAGAAAUUGAAAGCGAGAAUUGCUCAGGUUGGUUUCUUGAACUCCUCCUCAAAGCUAGCAGCUGCUGAGAUACGUGUUGCAUGGUGGGUCGAGACUGCGGAUCAAGAUGCAAGCAUGCAAUCCCAAGCUUAA